CCGGUGUUUACCAAAAAAAAAUUCUAUAUUUUCUACAUACUGUAAAAACCCACAACGAGAGAGAAAGGGAGAGAGGAAAGAAAUCAAACCCCAGCCCGCCUAAAAUUUCAUGCCCUAGCCACCGCCGGUAAUAGUCCAAGCCGUAGCUACCGCCGGCGACGGCACAACAGCUAGCAGCCGCCGACGACAGCCACUACCCUAGCAGCCGCCGGUGACAGCCACUGACUCGCCUCCCUCAUCCUCUCGCACAACCACUGACUCGCCUUUCUCAUCCUCUCGCACAACCACUGACUCGCCUUCGUCCUCCCAUCUCAGGAAAAUGGGGUUAAUCUCCAGAAAGAUUUUCCCAGCAUGUGUGUUUGUUGUCCUGCUUUGAGAUCAAGCUCUCGAGAACCCGUUAAGCGAUACAAAAAACUGCUUGCAGAAAUCUUUCCUAAGUCUCUUGAUGGCCCUCCAAAUGAAAGAAAAAUUGUUACGUUAUGUGAAUAUGCUGUAAAAAACCCGGUUUGGAUCCCAAAGAUUGCAAAGUAUCUUGAAGAAAGGUGCUACAAAGAACUGCGAGUUGGGCACAUCAAGUUCAUCAAUAUUGUGUGGGAAAGGUUUACGAGACUGGCAGCCGAGGAAGAAGCAGCCAAAAUUGAGAGGGACAAUGCACGACAAAUGGAAACAGAAGCAUUAGAGCGGGAACGUAUAGCCAAGCGCAGAUCUGAGAAGUAUAGAGUCGCAGCCCGAAUUGCUGAGGAGAAAGUGCACAAGUUUAGGAUUGCUUUGAUUACGUCUUGGGUUGUAUUUUGUUGUUCUCGCAUAAGUUCUACCAUUAAGAAGUAUUGUAGAAAUAUAUUUUUCUUUUGGAUGCAUAAACUUCCAACAUUUACCUUUAGCAGCCACUUGUAUGAUUCAAAAAUUGUUUUGAAUGGAAGAUUUUGCUUGGGUAUUAUCUUAUUCAUUACACUUCGGCCUCAACUUGCAUCCUUAUAGAAUUUGUGGAUGCAAGUUUUAGGUUCCUAUUGAGGGAAA